UGUGAUCGUUCGACAGAUAGUUACCCGGAUACACAAACAGAAAAACCACUCUGUGUCCUUCUAAUACGCAAUUCUUUUGACUGUGUCAGGUUGAAACUUCAUUAAAUCGUGAUCUUCUUUCAAAGCAAACAAAAUCUUGAAUAACGCCAGUAAUGUACAAUUUCGAAAUAAAAGUGUGGUUUUCACUGUUUGAACCAGUUCUAUUAGAUUUCCUGAUUGAUGUUCACGUCGUCUCUCUGAUACAAUAUGUAUACAGCGUCUAUUGGGUAACAGGAUAAUAAAUUAUCUUAUUUAAAGAUCUCUUUAAUCUUAGAACAAUUGCUACCACCAUUUUUAAAAACUUUUUUCCACUCCCCCCGACGUGUUACUGUAUUGUAAAGCCCGUCAGAAGAAGAGCGACAGAGCGUUAGAUUGUAUCACUUGAGUCUUGGUUAAAAGAUAGCAGUGGUGUUCUGUCCGUCUUACAGAAAAGGGACAAUUCCUGGCGUUCCAUCCAAUGUUGUCUCUAAGAAAAUCUGGACAGUUCGGAAUAAAAGUUGCUACGAGAUUGUAGAGGCUGUGGGGUGCAGCAGCCAUUCAAUCUAUUCAGCUGCUAUUGACAAAACUCUUGGGUAAUAUUUACAUGUGGUAUUUGCCAGCGCCCUCAAAUGCCGGUGUAGGAAUGCAUCUUCAAUGACAUCUCUAUCCAAGGCUACUUAAAACCGAGGCAAUUUAAAUCUACCAACACCGUUAAAGUGCAGAGGCUCGAAACAAGAGGUUUAAAGAUCAAAAUUUGCAAUAAGCCUUUGUAGAAAUAAUUACAUAUUUUUCUCUUUCAAUAGCGGUAUUUGUAUCGGUUGACAGCGCCGAUCAAAACCAGUGGAUUCUAUUGGCCGGAUAUAUUUAUACCAUAGAUUAGUUCAUAUUAAAAUACACUGUAGUGUACAUUUGAAAGUGUAUAAAUGGUGACAUGGAAUACCCUGUGUUCGCCUAAAAACAGCGUUUGUGGACAAAUACAUACGAGUGUCUGCUUAAAAGGUAGUCAAGCAGGUAUCGACCCCGGCUACUUGUCCCGUAAACGGUUAAUUACCGACUUGGUGAAAUUGAAAUGUAGGGAUCAACAGUGAAAACGAAAUAUUAUUCGUUGGAUAAACAUUGGAGAGUUUAUUAUUCAAAGGGGAGUUGUGAAAUGUAUUUUGUUGGACUUAAUAACACAAAGCUAUACUGACCUAAUCAAAUGAUAUUAAAAGAAAAGGAACAUAGCUUGAUGAGCUCGAAAGAACCCCGUGAAAAUGAUCGCACCACCCUAUCCCCGAUGGCAAGGUCUUUGUCGUCUGCUACGGGGAGACUGUCGUCUGCCACGGGAAGAAUGUCAUCUGCUGGACGCAGGGGUGAAAUGAACGCCUCCGUGGCUUCAGUGACAGACGAUGAGCUCUCGUUCUCGGAUUCUGACGAUGAGGGGGUGUCACAAAGCCAGACUGUGAACGAGAAGUUCUGGAACAAUUUCGGUGACUCUCUAAAGAUGAUAAACGACGAUAGCGCGAAAUUCCGCAUCCGACCAAAACCCAACUUCAAGAGCAGUCAGAUUUUUAGAGGAGCGAUGACAGAGACUUGUGGAAACACGGAGUACGGAAACAGCAAGGGGUACACUAAACUGAAAGAAACUCUUAACAGAUUGUCGGAUGUGUCCGGGGCGGCGCUCCGUGUGUUCACCAAGGCUUCCCAACCGAAGGAGGACGACAGCCCUCCGCCGCCAACUGAAGAAAUAGAGGAGAAUGAAAAGGAAAAAAAGCCCGAUGAUAUCAAAACAAUAUCCUCGGUACUAGGUGGUGCAAAACGCAGCUGGAAGUUAAUCAAACGCAGUGUGAAUGAAACCGCUAUGGAGAAAAACACAGAAAAGACUAAACUAAACUGGGACAUGUUGGCUCAUCAUGCAAAAGGGCUGACGGAUCUAGAACGCGCAAGACAGGAUCUGUACCAAAGGUACGGCCUGCUCCCGAUGGUACACACCGACGGUUCGUACGAAUGUCGUAACAUCAUGUGGAGUGAGAGAGCCAUUCGGUUGAACAUGACCAACCCCGUGCAGUACAAUAUCAUCCCUUACGACAAACGGCGCGCGCAGAGCGCCAAACCCCGCAGCAAAACCCCCGCCCCAAAGGUAACUUUUACCCGCCCUUCAUCUGAGAAACCGCGCCACCUCAGAAGCGCUUCAGCAACGAAGCAAGUCCCUGAUAGAGUGACGUCAGCGGGUGGCUCCCCCAGGACAAAGACAGAGCGACCCCCCUCACAUAGACAAAAUGAUCGCUUUUUAUCCCCAGUUACAAUACGGAACAAUUUUAUGCAGAAAACAUAGUCGGAUAGCUGAUCAAUUUUGAAUUUUAACAAGGUUUCCCCGUUAUACCCACGGUAACUAACUGCACCGACCCCGAGUCUUCAAAGAGAGUGACUGGGACUUCAAUGGUGAAUAGUAUUGUAUCAUUAUAUGCUGACAUGUAUAUGUAUUGUUUGAGGUUUAACCCCCUACAUAAGUUCCUAAAGGUAGAUGGUGUAUUGAUGUAUGGAUCGCGGGAUUGUACUGAAUAUGACAUAUAAAGUUGAUUAUUAAAUCAUUCCUGUUUUGAAUUCUUUGAGUAAAUAUGGAUGUAUUAAAUGGACUCCUUUCUAUGCCGUCGAUGUUUGAUUAGGUCUGUUUGCUUACAGAUAUUUAUUUCCUAUUUGAUAUGAAUUUGACGUCUCUCUGCACGCAAUGAAUCAAUAGAGGGCAGUCAAACAGACAGUAGCAUAAUGCUCAAAGCUUCGCCGCUUGCAAACCUCACAAAUAUCGUACUAAUUUGAGUUUUAUCUU